CGGCCGGGCGUGGCUUCCCGUCCCUACCCCAGCGAAUGGGUCUCACGCGACGCCGUUGCCAUGGCAGCGGUACAGGCGCCUGGCCUGGGGUUUCUGGGGAUCCCGGGAGCCGCAGGCGUGCCGGGGCCAGUUCCAUGAGCCGGCCAGAUCCAGGGGCUGAGGCCACGAAGCUGAAGACAGGGACAGAACAGCUGCUCAGAGCUAGACCCUGCACUGAAGACAGGAAGCCAGAGGCCAGCCGGAGAGCUGGGCACACUCAGACACUCCAGCUCCUGCUCUACGACAGGCACUUGCGCAGAGGAGCCGUGAGGAUGGCACACCUGCUGGGCAGCCAGGCCUGCAUGGACAGCCUGCGCAAGGACCUCACCGACCUGCAGGGUACCAUCGUGGACGUGGUCUCCCGUGCCGGGCCUGUGCAGUUCCCCUCCUGGAAGUUCCCCGACCGCAUGGCCUGCGACCUGGACAUGGUGGACCUGCUGGAACACUAUGACCACGUGCCCAGUGACCCUGAGUUCACGCAGCUGUCCCAUGCUGUGCUGCUGGAGCUGGUCAUUGACAGGCUCCUGCUGCUGCUUCAGAGCUGUGCCAGCUACCUAGAGAACCUUGGCUCAGAGCAGAUGAUGCCCCCGGCCCAGGCCAUGGGGCCCUGCAUGUCUGUGGGGCUCACAGUGAGGCGCUUCUGGAACAGCCUGCUAAGGGUCGGCAUGCUCUACCAGCAGGUGGCUCCCCAGAAAAGGGCAAACCAGGGAGAGACCCCCACCUCCAAGCCCACGGCCAAGGGUGAGCCAGCCAGAAGCCCUGAAUUUGUGACUGCCAAGUUCAUCAAGCCUUCUUCCCCAAUGCCAGGCUUGUCCCAGAGCUGCCGAAAGUUGGACAGCAUCCCCACCAGAGUCUCCCUGCAGUGUCCAGUCAGAGCUGCCGAGAACACCAGGAGUGUCCACUCCCAGACGGUUGAGACGGCCCUGGUGCCCUGUGACGCGUGCACCAGCGUCCAGGGCAGCCUGCGGGAGGUGGGCAAGGUGGUCAUCAGCCUGUGUCAGGGCCAGAACCUGCCCUCGUCCUUAGACCAGUUCCAGCAGCUGGUGCAGGACAGCAUGGGGCUCAGGCCGCUGCCGGCCGCCACCGUGGGCCGCUGGGUGGCAGAGCAGAGCAAAGACCUGAUGCGCAUCAGUAAGCAUGUGGGGGCCCUCACUCAGCUUGUCGGGCCCCUCAGGGCCCAGCUGGAGGAGGCCGAGGGGCAGAAGGAUGGACUGAGGAAGCAGGUGGGCGAGCUGGAGCAGACACUGCAGCAGGAGCAGGGGGUGCGGCGGCAGCAGGCAGAGGAGGCUGAGCAGCACCUGGCCGAGUGGGAGUGCAACAAGCAGCAACUGCUUGCAGAAACAAGUGACCUAAAGACGAAGGUGGCCAUCCUGGAAGGGGAGCUGAAGCAAAAGCAGGAGUCCACACAGGCCAUAGAGGCGAAGGCCCAGCAGCUGCAGGCGGAGGUAGAGCUCCGGGCAGCAGCUGAGAGGCAGGUGCAGCAGCUGGAGGGGCAGGUGCAGCUGCUGGCAGGGCGGCUGGAUGGGGCCAGCCAGCAGAUCCGCUGGGCCAGCACAGAGCUGGACAAGGAGAAGGCCCGCGUUGACAGCAUGGUCCGCCACCAGGAGUCCCUGCAGGCCAAACAGAGAGCCCUGCUGCAGCAGCUGGACAGCCUGGACCAGGAGCGUGAGGAGCUGCGGGGCAGCCUGGAUGAGGCCGAGGCCCAGCGGGCCCACGUGGAGGAGCAGCUGGAGAGCCUGCAGAGCGAGAGGGAACAGGGGCAGUGUCAGCUCCGGGCCCAGCAGGAGCUGCUGCAGAGCCUGCAGCAGGAGAAACAAGGCCUGGAGCAGGCGACGAUGGACCUGCGGCUGACCAUCUCGGAGCUGGAACGUGAGCUCCUGGAGCUGAAGGAGCGAGAGCGGCUGCUGGUGGCCUUCCCGGACCUGCACAGGCCCCUUGAGGCCCAGAUCCAAAGUAGGAGCCUAGGGAUAGUGCAAAGGGCUCCCCUAGGCAGGAUGCUGCAUGGGGGCAAAUCCAUUGGCAGAGCUGUCGGGAAGAUCUGCCACAAGUUAGUGGCCAUGCCGUCCUGUGAGACGGAUAGCAGCUGCUUUCUACAGAUCAGGAAGCCAAGAACCAGAGCAGAUAGCAACCUGCCCAGGUCUGUGAUACCUGCUGUGGUCACCUUCCUGGUGGGUGGGAGGGGGAGGGCAAGGUGCCCGCCCUCUGAGGCCCUUUCCCAUCCCAUGCAAGAGGCAGGCCUGGCGGGGUGGGGUCCCAGACAGUGUGUCCCCACAGGCUCUGGCAACGUCACAGACGACAUGGAGAGGCAGGUGCAGGCCAACAAUAUCCGCAUCCGGGUCCUGCAGGAGGAGAACGAGAGGCUCCGGGCCAUGCUAUCCAAAAUCCGGGAGGUAGCCCAGCAGGGGGGACUCAAGCUGAUCCCCCAGGACCAGCUCUGCUCCCCUCUCACCAAGGGAACCCCAGGAACAGCACACCCAGCCCAGGCCCAGAGAGCCUCCCCAGGGCCGCUGGGCAGGCGGCCCCCACCUGGCAGCAGGACAAGCAGUGCGGGCAGGACCCUGUCAGGCCAGUCCCGAGCAUUCCCACCUCAGAAGCCUGGCAGCCAGCCCAGCAACUCAUCCCUGGAGGAAGUACCCCACUCAGCCAUCUGCUCCCAGAACCCCAUCCGAGCCUUGGCCAGGCUGAGGAGGAGACUCUCACCGUGCCGGGGCCAGGCCAGCUCUGCACACCAGCCCCAGGAGCGGCCUACGUAGCCUACUGUGGUGGUGGGGCUCAGGGUGGGCAGGUGGCUGGCAAC